CACGCAUGCGCGUUACCGGCCGGCCAACAUGGCGACCUUCGUGGAGAUUCUGAGAAGCGAGUUCCCGCAGCUGGAUGCCGAGCUUUUCCAAUACGUGACUGAUGUCCUGGACAGCGGUCGAUCAGACUUUGAAUCAGAGAAUGACCUGUUUGAAGCGGUGGGGGAGCUACUACAGGAUGUAUCUUCAGAAACAAAAGAUGACGAGGAUAUCAAAGACAUCUGUCUGCGGAUGUACAGAACGAUGCAGUUAGAGAAUCAUAAAGUUCCUUCACAAUCCCAGGUGUUACUUGAUUCUCCAAUACAAUUGUCCCAGAUCACUGAUUACGAUGUUAAGCCCCAGAUUGUGAAUGUCUUGCUAAUGAAGAAGGGCCAAAAUUCGAAUGUUAAUGUAAAGAAGCUGGAAAAGGCUGAAGCUAAACUGAAAUCUAAGCAAGAAAAGCGAUCCGAUCGUGACACCCAAAAAGUCGGUGGGAAUGUAGUAAUGGAGGAGGCGUCCGCCAGUCAAGCUGGCAGUAAAAAGGAGAAUCGAAUAGAAUCCAGUGGCAAGAACAAAUCCUAUGAUGUUCGAAUUGAGAACUUUGAUGUGUCAUUUGGAGAGAGAGUCCUUCUGACGGGUACAGAGUUGCAUUUGGCAUCAGGUCGCCGAUAUGGAUUGGUCGGCAGAAACGGUUUGGGUAAAACAACAUUAUUGAAGAUGCUCGCUAGCCGCAGCCUUCGUGUUCCUUCACACAUCAGUAUCCUGCAUGUGGAGCAAGAGGUGGCUGGUGAUGAUACCCCCGCACUUCAAAGUGUAUUGGAGUGUGAUACUUUACGUGAGAGCCUUCUACAUGAGGAGAAAGAAUUGAAUGCAAGGAUCAGUGCUGGAAAGGGUGAUGGUUCAGAGAGUGCUCGUCUAACAGAGAUCUACAGCAAACUGGAAGAAAUUGAAGCAGACAAAGCACCAGCCAAAGCCUCUGUAAUUCUUGCCGGUUUGGGAUUCAAACAUAGUAUGCAACAGCAGAUGACCAAGGAGUUUUCCGGUGGGUGGCGCAUGAGGUUGGCAUUGGCUCGUGCUCUGUUUGCAAGACCAGAUCUGCUAUUGCUUGAUGAGCCUACAAACAUGUUGGAUGUACGAGCCAUUUUGUGGUUGGAGAGCUACUUGCAGACCUGGCCCUCAACCAUCUUUGUAGUUUCCCACGACCGUAACUUCUUGAAUGCAGUGGCCACAGACAUUGUGUGCCUACAUAGCCAGCGACUGGAGGGGUACCGGGGCAACUUUGAAAGCUUUCUAAAAAUAAAGGAGGAGCGUUUGAAGAACCAGCAGAGAGAGUAUGAGGCACAGCACCAGUAUCGUGAACACAUACAGGUCUUUAUUGAUCGAUUUCGGUACAAUGCCAAUCGGGCUUCCCAGGUGCAGAGUAAGCUGAAACUGUUGGAGAAACUGCCAGAACUCAAACCUAUAGACAAGGAAAGUGAGGCGAUAUUAAGGUUUCCUGAUAGCUUUGAGAAAUUUUCUCCUCCAAUUCUACAGCUGGAUGAAGUUGAUUUCUGGUAUUCUUCAGUUCAUCCAAUCUUUCAGAAACUUUCAGUAUCUGCAGACCUGGAUUCUAGGAUCUGUGUGGUGGGAGAGAAUGGAGCAGGAAAAUCCACAAUGUUAAAGCUGCUGAUGGGUGAGCUGUCUCCUGUACAGGGGAUUCGGCAUGGACACAGGAAUUUGAAGAUUGGUUACUUCAGUCAGCAUCAUGUGGAUCAGUUGGACCUUAACAUUAGUGCAGUAGAGCUUCUAGCAAAACGUUUUCCAGGUAAAACCGAAGAGGAGUACCGCCACCAGCUUGGCAGCUAUGGGAUCUCUGGUGAACUUGCAGUGCGGCCGGUGGCCACUCUGUCCGGGGGACAAAAAAGUCGUGUUGCGUUUGCUCAAAUGACCAUGCCAUGCCCAAAUUUUUACAUUCUGGAUGAGCCGACGAAUCACCUUGAUAUGGAGACUAUAGAAGCCUUGGGUCGAGCACUGAACAAAUUCCGGGGAGGAGUAAUCCUGGUAUCCCACGAUGAGUGCUUCAUUCGUCUAGUUUGUCGAGAGCUAUGGGUCUGUGAAAAUGGAGGAGUGACUCGAAUUGAUGGCGGUUUUGAGGAGUACCGGAACAUCCUGCAGGAACAAUUCCAAAAAGAGGGCUAUCUAUAAAUCGACUUGUACAGGAGUGUGCCACUGCUCUUGUUGGUGUCCCUCAGCUUUCCAGUGCAUACUGUUACUUACCUCAGUAUGUGAUGGUCCUGACCUCAGCGAGGUCAGCAGUUUUACCAUGAAUAUGCUCUGGGAGCCUGUAGCUAAAACUGCUAUAUGUAAGAUCAAAGGGAAGGUAUUUAUUAUGAAAACAGCAGAAGCCAAGCAGAGAUAGAUGUGUUUUUGUGAAACAACGCUGCACAUUGAAUUGAAUUACUAUAUAAUGAAAACAUUUGUCCCACAAAGAUAUU